ACCUUUUUCUUAUUACUCCUGAAUUUUUGAUUCUAUGAAGCAAUAUUUUUAUGAAUAUCCAUUAGUUUCAUAAAUUAAAUUAAACUCCAUGUUAUAAUAUUAUAUAGAUUGUGUUAUUAAAUUGUAUUUCGUAUAAUUAUUAAGAAAAUUAACACAAUCAAACUCCUCCUAUAUUAACCAAGCAAAAGUAAAACUUAAUAUUUGUAUAAAUAAUAAUUUAACAUGUAUGGUUGACAUACAAUAAAAAUUUUAAUAUUUUUUUGGUCAACUAUCGAGGAAUAUUUAAUUGAAAAUACAUUUUUCAACUAAUAUGACUGAGACAUGUUUAUUCAUUGAACAAGACUGGGAGAAGUGUGUGAAAUCAAUUAGAGGUAGAUCUUGGAUAUCUAUUAAGCCAAUAGGUAUGCCUAGCCUAUAUGGAUAUAUAGAAUGUUCUUCUAUUAAAAUGAAUGGAAUACCAGUUUUAAAAGGAACUAAUGGUUUUGAAAUUGAUUGUGUAACUUCACAUGCUAUUCAAUUAAGACAUGUAUUAUGUGGUCUUGUCACAAUUCUAUCACCUUACAGAACUUUUAAAAAAAUUCAUCAAAAAAGUAUUACAUCAUUAGAUGUUAUUAACGGUCAGUGUGUGUCAGCUUCUGAUAGUAUCAUUAAAACCUGGAGUACUUUAGAUGAAGAAGAAAAAGAAGUAAAAAUGACUGGGCAUUAUGGUGAUAUAUACUGUUGUCGUUGGUUUCCUAGUGUAGAAGUUGUUUUAAGUUGUGGUGCCGAUUUAAGAAUCAAAGUUUGGAAUGCUUUAACUGGAGAAUGUGCUAUUACUCUAACAGGUCACACUAAUACUGUCACAGAUAUAGCAAUUGUCGAUAGAGGCCAAAAUAUUAUUUCAGUAUCCAAAGAUGGCACAGUAAAAUUAUGGCAUGUUGCUAGUGGAACAGUUUUAGAUGAUCUCAUUAAUCUAGAUACAUCAAUAAAUUGUUGUUCAUUAAAUAUUAUACAGAAUAAAGAUUUUGGAAAACGCACAUUGCCAAUUAAUGAUAAAGAAUUUGGAACCAAUAACAAAGCAUUAUUGAUAGGUUGCGAAAAUGGAAUAGUAGCAUUAAUUGCUGUGUAUACUCGAAAAAUCAUAAUAAGUUCAAAGCUAGAUGUUGCAGUUAAUGCAUGUUUUUUAAAUAACGAUGCACAUCUUUUUGUUGGAUGCAAUGAUGGCAGUGUUCUUUGGUUAAAUACAGAAUUAGUUACCAUAUUUUCAAUUCAUGAUACUACUUCGCCAGUAAGAUGUUUAUGUUUGUUUAAAGACAGACUUGUAACUGGACAUAGUGAUGGUUCUUGCGUAGUUAGAUCAACUAAUGGAAAGAAGGCUUACUUAAGUGGUACAAAUUCAGAUUCUAUUUAUGAUAUUAGUACUGAUGGUCGUUUCCUUUAUACUGCUUGUAGAGAUGGUAUAAUAAGAAAAUAUUUACCAGAGUUAUUACCAAAUUAAACUCACUGUUUAUCAAUUUUUUAAUAUAUUAAUAUAAUUUUGUAUUAAAUAAAUAUAGAAUAUAUACUAUUCAAUUAAUGUACAACAAUGUAUUGUUUCAAAAUUUAUUUAUCAACUUAAAAACAAAUAACAUUACCUUAAUAAAUGAAGAAUGAUUUUUUUUUCUUA